AAUUGCGACCGUUUGAUUAAAUUAUAGAUUUCUUUUAAUAUUUACGAGAAUUUUAUCGGUUAAUAUUCUAUGAAUUUCAACGACAAGAUUCAACCCGGCAAUGAACGACAAGAUCCGUUGAUGACUCCACCGUUCGCGGUUCGAGGCAUUGACUGGUGAUUCACUUCGGGAUUUUGUAGAUAGAAAAGAGUUCGUCGGCAAACGUUAAGUCGUUGACCGACAAGGUGAAGAGCUCUGCCUCCGGGAAUGAUGGAUUUCACUGUUCUGAAGAAAGCAGUCGAUGAAGCUGUGCUGGUUGACGCUCACGCCCACAAUCUGAUAGCCGCCGAUUCCACUGUCCCUUUCAUCAGAUGUUUCUCCGAAGCUCACGGCGACGCAUCGGCUUUUGCUCCUCAUUCCCUCUCCUUCAAGAGGAGUUUGAGGGAUAUCAUUGAACUUUAUGAUUGUAAACCAUCCUUGCUUGGGGUCGAGGAUUACCGCAAAUCCUCGGGACUAGAUUCAAUUUGUUCAACAUGUUUCAAAGCUGCAAGAAUAUCUGCGAUACUCAUUGAUGAUGGGUUCGAGUUGGACAAAAAGCAUAACAUAGAUUGGCACAAAAAAUUUGUUCCCAUUGUUGGUAGAAUAUUGAGAAUCGAACGUUUAGCAGAGAAUAUUCUUGAUGAAGAUUUUCAAGGUGGAUCUUCAUGGACACUGGAUGCAUUCACAGAAACAUUUAUUCAGAAGUUGAAAUCAUUGGCUCAUGACAUAUAUGGACUGAAAAGUAUAGCGGCGUAUCGUAGUGGUCUACGAAUCAAUGUGAAUGUCUCGAGGAAAGAUGCUGAGGAUGGUCUCGUUGACGUUUUACAAGGUGGAAAACCUGUUCGAAUAGCGAACAAAAGCCUCAUCGACUAUAUUUUCGUUCGAAGUUUGGAAGUUGCUCAACAGUUCAACCUGCCAAUGCAGAUACAUACUGGAUUAGGAGACAAAGAUCUAGAUUUGCAGCUAGCCAAUCCCCUUCAUCUUCGGUCUGUUCUGGAGGAUAAGAGAUUUUCCAAGUGUUGCAUAGUUUUGUUACACGCAUCCUACCCGUUCUCAAAGGAAGCGUCAUUUCUCGCUUCUGUUUAUCCUCAGGUUUACCUUGACUUUGGAUUGACAAUUCCUAAGCUUAGUGUUCAUGGGAUGAUAUCUGCACUCAAAGAACUGUUAGAGCUUGCUCCAAUUAAAAAGGUGAUGUUCAGCACGGAUGGAUCUGCCUUUCCUGAAACCUUCUAUUUAGGUGCAAAGAAAUCAAGGGACGUCGUCUUAUCUGUUCUACAGGAUGCUUGUAUUGAUGGUGAUCUCUCAAUUUCUGAGGCUGUUGAAGCUGUGAAUGAUAUGUUUUCACAAAAUGCCAUGAAAUUGUACAAGAUUAACCUGAUGACAGAGAGUUCCAUGUCAAAUAAUUCAACAUUUUCUAUUCCUUCGAUGAAGACCAACGUCGUGCAAGAAGAUGCCAAGCUUGUUCGAAUUAUUUGGGUUGAUGCUUCAGGACAACGGAGAUGCCGUGCCGUUCCCUUUAAGCGGUUCAAUGAUGUCGUUACAAAGAAUGGGGUUGGUUUAGCUUGUGCCGCUAUGGCAAUGUGCUCUUAUGCUGAUUGUCCAGCUGAUGGGAGUAAUCUUACUGGUGUGGGUGAGAUCAGACUGCUACCAGAUUUAUCAACCAAAUGGACAGUUCCUUGGAACAAGCAGGAGGAGAUGGUUUUGGGUGACAUGUAUCUUAGACCUGGUGAAGCCUGGGAAUACUGUCCGAGGGAAGCCUUGCGUAGAGUCUGUAGAAUUCUGAAAGACGAAUUCGACCUGGUAAUGAACGCAGGGUUCGAAACCGAGUUUUUCCUAUUGAAAAAGGCAGUUAGAGAUGGAAAAGAAGAUUGGGUGCCAUUUGAUUCAGCACCGUAUUGUUCGUCAUCGUCGUAUGAUGCUGCCUCUCCUUUUCUUCACGACGUAGUUGCUGCCUUGAACUCGUUGAAUAUUACUGUGGAACAGGUGCAUGCAGAAGCUGGGAAAGGUCAAUUUGAGUUUGCUUUGGGGCAUACUGUUUGUCUCAAUGCUGCUGACAACUUAGUUUACACGCGUGAAGUGAUUAGGGCUACUGCCAGGAAGCAUGGACUGUUGGCAACAUUUAUGCCCAAGUACGCACUGGAUGACAUUGGUUCUGGCUCCCAUGUGCAUGUCAGCUUGUGGCAGAAUGGUGAAAAUGUUUUCAUGGCGUCUGAUGGUUCUUCUGAACAUGGAAUUUCAGCUGUUGGGGAGAAGUUCAUGGCUGGGGUUUUACAUCAUAUUUCAUCAAUUUUGGCAUUUACAGCUCCAGUUCCGAACAGUUAUGAUCGUAUACAACCCAAUACAUGGAGUGGCGCCUACCAAUGUUGGGGAAAAGAAAACAGAGAAUCUCCACUUAGAACUGCUUGUCCACCUGGGAUUUCGGAUGGUUUAGUGAGUAACUUCGAGAUCAAAGCGUUUGAUGGUUGUGCAAAUCCGCACUUGGGUGUAGCCGCUAUCGUUUCUGCUGGAAUAGAUGGCCUUCGGAACAAUCUUCAGUUGCCUGAACCAGUUGAUACAAAUCCUGAUAGCCUGAGUUCAAAGCUUCAAAGGUUGCCUCAAUCGCUUUCUGAAUCUUUGGAAGCUCUGGAAAAGAACAAUAUCUUGACAGAUUUUAUAGGCGAAAAGUUGGUGGUUGCCAUAAAAGCAAUUCGGAAGGCAGAAGUGGAGUACUACUCAAAGCAUCAGGACGCGUACAAGGAACUUAUACAUCGCUAUUAAGGACCGACUCACGCCAACACCUUCGAGAUUUACAAUCUUGGUGUUAAGUGAUAUCUUUGCAAAGAUUUGUGUUAUAAGGUCUUGAUUGCUUUCCUUCCACUUGUAUUACUAAACUGUUUAUCUUUCGUCAAUAAGGAACAUCUCUAGAAUAACUGUUUUUGAAAUAUUAUAUGACUUGCUAAGUCAUAUAUCUAAAUGUAUGUGCAUUCUACAUUUGGUGAAUAAAGGGGAUGAAAGUUCAAUAUG